CGCCGGCGCGCGUCGCGGUCGAUACGUCAGCAGCUGCGCAGCGCGGCGUGGAGGGGAGUUGUGCGGCUCAGAGCCAGUGCGGACGUCCGCGCGAAAAGUUCGCCAGCUGAGCACGACGGCGACCGACGGCGGCGCGCGAGAGCAACACGCAGCAGCAGCCGGCAGGGACGCCGCACCGAACGACGCGGAAACUGCGACUCGCCUCAGAGAAUAUGUCGCCCGAGCCGGACCAGGCGGUGCCCGCGGACGUCGGCGAAGUGAGCGCCAGCGCCAGCGGCAGAGCGGAGGCGGCGUGUGCCGGCGCGGACGCAGAAGCUGAUGCUGACGCCUACCUGCGCCUGCUCAUGCGGGAGGGCGUCGACGUACCGGCGCACACGCAGGGUCCGCCUCCAACGGAGCCGCCCCCGUGGCUGGACGAAGAGAAGUUCCGGCUUGGGCAGCGCUUCGCCACGGAGCACCUGUUCGGCCUGGCCUACUCCGAGAUGUUGUCUCUCAUCAUCCUCUUCUCCUUCCCGUCGUCGCUGGAGCCGCUCAUCUUCACUGGGAACUCCGACACGCCCUUUAAGGCGUUCAAGCGCUACCUCUCAACAGGCAUCAGGGUCCUGGCGUGGUUCGAGGGCGAUGUAUGGGGCGGCGGGGGCGGCGGCGAGGCUCGGCGGCAAGUGGGGACCGUGCGCGCCAUGCACGAGGCGGUGCAGCGACGCCUGGGGGCGACGCCGGCGCCGGAGCGCGAGCGCCGCAGCCACGUGGCCGGCCCGCUGUGGGCGCCGCUCACCACUGCCGGCAUGCUGGGGGGCGGCGCCGGGGGCGGCGGGGGCGGCUGCCCCUGUCUGAGGGCCGGCGUCGACGUCAACCAGACGGAGAUGGCGCUGACUCAGUUUGGCUUCGUGGGCCUGAUGCUGCUGCAUCCGGACCGGCUAGGUGCACCAGAUGCGAGCGAACGAGACCUGGAGGGCUUCGCGCACAUGUGGCGCGGCCUAGGCUACCUUCUGGGUAUCGAGGAUCGCUUCAACCUGUGCUCCGGCGACCUAAACAGUGUCCGCCGCCGCUGCCAGCUGGUGGUGGAGCGCCUGGUGGCGCCGAGCAUGGAGCGCGUGACGGCAGAGUGGGAGCACAUGUCGCGCUGCAUGGUGGCAGGCGUGGCGCUGUACGUGCCUGGGCCCCCGUUCUCGGUGUCUCUGUGCUACCUACUGGGGGAGCUGCUGGCUCUGCGCGAGCCGGCAGCCCGCCUGCGCGCCGCGCUGUGUCUGGGCGACCGCCUCACACUACUCUUCGUGGGUGGCCUGCUGCGCUGGUUGCUGCGCUUCGCGCCGCUGCGCAGGCUGUACAACUGGCUGCUGAGGCUCGCCAUGAAGCGCGCGCGCCACGCGCCGCAGCUCUGGCUCAGCGCAGCCGAGGCGCGCCGCUAUCCGUACCAGCAGCCGGCCAUCACGCAGCUGUAGUUCGCCGCUCCAUCACUGGCUGGCGCCGGCUCCGUCGCACGACGCCUCGCCGGGAAACGAACACGACUGACCGCGUACCCGCGCGGAUGUAGGGGCAUGGGAAGUAGUCGCACGGCGUUGUCGGCUGAGACACCCCAAGGGGCAGCUCAGCUGCCUAAUUAAAAAGAUUUUAUUUUCUGAAUGAAUCUUUCACUGUGCAGUGAAGUGUGCUCAGUUUCGAAACUUUGUUGAUUCAAACGGCCAUUUGGAUUGGGACUCGAAUCUGGAAGUUCGUGUUUCACUAGCAAGCAGCAGACGGGUACUUUCAGGACAGAUUUCAGGCUGUGAUGGUGGGUCGUGAGUAGUGUAUCCAGAUCCAGUUUGCGGAUAAUCAGGAUAUAGGAGGUGACUUUUCUGCAGCAUGGGUGGGUGGGCUGUCCGGGACCCCUACGUUUGAACCGAGAGUGAAGGCACAAAUCAUUUGAAAUGUUUAGCUCAUGUCAUACAACAUUCAUUUUUACAAUUAUUUAAGGCCACAAUUCUUCUUCUUUCGGCCUACAGCGUAAAAUAUGUCUUGUAGUGACACGAUUGCGAUAAAGAAUACCAGUUACACUGCUCUCUAAAUGGCAUUCGUGAACAUCCUUCAAGAAAUAGAGAUAUAGUCACGCGCACAAAAUGAGCUCAAAAUUUACCGAAUGAACAAACCGACAUCAAACACAAAAAAUAUGCUAAAAACUUUAUUGAUACAAAGCAGGAAGAGAGAUAAAAUAAAGAAACCAGAGAUAUUAAGUAACCCUCCUCCACAGUAACAGCAUAAACAGUACAAAACAAAAAUAUAACAGCAAGAAAACAUCACAAAUCAUAGGCCAUAACAAAAUUACUACUUGUAAAAUAAAAAUAAAACGUAAAAAUCUCAAAAAAAACAAAAGACAUUUCAUGUAAAAAACGUAAUUGGAAUAAACCUAAGAAAGUAAUCAAAACAUAACCGAAUUUCCACACAUCACCAACUUCUAGUGGUAACUAUGUAAAUAUCUCUGAUCAAGGUUGUCAGGAGGAAAAAAAACGCACAAAAAACUGACUUAUCAUAUAUCUAAAAGUCAGACGUAGAAUUACGCCCACAAAGAACAUAAAAGUAACGUGUAAAUACAAAGUCCAACAGAGACAGCAUGUGGCAGCAUCGAGAUUACAUGUAAGGUAAAAACACCAGUCAUGUGUAAUACCUCUCAAAACAUAGCUAUAGUUCAUAAUAUCAAGGCUAUCGACUAUUAAAGUAUUUACAGAACGCAAGACGAUGGCAAAUGCCGAAAUGAGCUCAUUGUGAUUUACGCAAUAAAAAGUGUACAGAGCAAUGUAACUGGCGUAUUUUUAUCGCAAUUGUUUAAUUAUUGUUUAAAUAUUUCUUAUUUAUUUUAUUGCACUAAAUGAAGCCUGCAUCAUUCAACUAUUUAUCACACAAAAUCACAUAUUUUUCUGUAGUUGUUUUAAUUGAUUAACAUAAAUGAACUGUUAGAGAACUGAAUUUUAAAUCCUGAAAAAUUAUACUAUCUCUUUAGCAAGAAAAUUUCCACAUGAAACUAAAUUCCAGGGUUUAAAUUUGCCCCCAAAAAAGGUCUGCAAAACUGAUUAAUUUUAACUAACAUUUCCAAGUGUUUUGUUGUAGAAACAGACGGAGCCUCAUCACAACUGUCCUGAAGUUCUCCCCCAGAAUGACGCUUUUGUUCGGUACAUAACUGUGAUCAUUGGCUAUUGGAAAAUCGUCGUCUUUUCCGUCUAUUUCUUGAUCUAUAUCACUGACAUCUUCCUCUAUUCACCGAUAAAAAAAUUUCAUCAAACUCGGGAAAGUUAAAAACUGACAUGUUCCUGAGAACACAUUUUGUACUAUGGUACCAUACUUAAGAAAACAGUUACGUCCUUCACGAAGCAUGGUUGGUUCAAAUGGCUCUGAGCACUAUGGGACUUAACAUCUGUGGUCAUCAGUCCCCUAGAACUUAGAACUACUUAAACCUAACUAACCUAAGGGCAUCAAACACAGCCAUGCCCGAGGCAGGAUUCGAACCUGAGACCGUAGUGGUCACGCGGUUCCAGACUGAAGCGCCUAGAACCGCACGGCCUCGAAGUACGGUCUAGGAGAUCCUAACACCUCUCAGUAACACGUGUCGACAUCAAAGAACGAAGGUGAUAACGCAACCGACAGCAAAACAUUGCAAGGUUGACAGUUUAAGGAGAAUAGAUGGAGUAUAGCACCAUUCCGCUAUGACUAACCUUGAAAAAUUUUCACCCGAUCUGAGAGACCAAACCUUGUUCAGAAAUUGUCUGGGCACGGACCUAAGCCGCAAGACAAAGAAAGGAGAGAGACCAGCGAAAAAACUUUCGCAGUUACAGACGUUCUCUCUGUAUUCAGUGCAGAGUGCGGCUUUGUUGUGGCUGUACUGCUCACCAAAUGUAGUCCGAUAUCUUCGCUCGAUAAAGAACAGAAUUUCUUUUCGUUAUAUGUCAUAGUUACUGCGCUGCGUCAAAUUAAGUAUAACAUUGCACGAAAUUUUAAAGAGUUUCCAGGGGUCUAAAUGCAUUGCUUAAAUUUUGCGCAUGGCUUAUUGUAGCUCAUACAUUGUUAUAUGUGAUAUGUAGAUAAGACAUCGAAAUUUUAUUUAAAUUUUUCAGCAGAACGAUACGGUAUUUCGUUCUCAAGUUAAUGGUUUUUGUAUCCAUUAGACAGUACCGCUCGAUGUGCCCAUUUCUAUCUCUGUGCAUCGGGAAUCGUGUGGUCAUAACAACUGGCAUAUUUCGUAAGCGGUUCAAGAUAUCAAAACGAGGAAACAGCAUGCAAAGAGACACCUAUGCCUAUGUUUUUUGAUAAAUACUCUAUACCUUUUUAUUCAGAAAGAUAUGGAAGUAGCUCGUUCGCAGCAGGAAGAUGGUGGAACAGGACGCACAAACAUGACAAUAGCGCUUCAGGAAAACCCAGGGUUCCCGUUUCAACUGGUACUCAGCAUCUGGGGAGCAGUGGAACAUGACGAGUUAACUCGUCCACAGCACUUAAAUGAGCUAAUUUUCAGCCAUUAUAUCAGUAUUUUCUUAUAUCAUGACCAAUGUUUGUACUCUGGCACAAUUGUAACCCCCCCCCCUCUCAAAAAAAAAGCCGUGGCCAGAUGGCUGUUGGCUACAGCCUGGGCGUACGUGUGAGGGCUGUAGUUGGAUGUGUACAGUGUCAGGUACACGUGACAGGUUUCUAAGAGCUCGCCUGCAUCAAAUUAAGUACAACAUUUCGCCCUUUCACACAGCAUGCACGAUCAUGGUUCCAUUUAUGAGGUACUGGUUGAAAAUAUUCUGGGAAAAAUGCCGACCUCCCCUCCAGUUAAGAGCACACAAAUUUGUUUUAAGGGCUGCCAUUAAUUUAUUGGGUGAAUCAAUUCUUGCCACAACACCCUUCCACGUGAGUGACUGCUUUUUAAGUCAAUAACACAGCUCGUCAGUCACAUGUGAAUCACUGUUCCAGAUCACUGAAUUUAACGACGAGUAACAACUGUUCCAAGUAGUUAACACACUUCUUCUGGAGUUAAUAAUGAUCACAAACUGUGUCCUCCCACACAGGAAUGCACACAUUGUCCACCACUACCCAAUUCUCUGUAAGUGACAGUGGAGUUUCUGUCUCGAAAAGUUCAAUCAAUCACCGUCCAGGAAAAUCCACACUACUUUAUAAGAUCUUGCUUUCCUCAGCCAUCGAGAAGUGAAGAUGUUGUCUCCAAACGAUUUGUUGCACCUUAGCUCACAACCAAGAUGCUGCAAUAUCACAGUUUUCGACAUGCAAACUAAUUUUACACUCUGCACAGUUACUGGUUGGAACGACUGUAGCCGGCCGGUGUGGCCGUGCGGUUCUAGGCACUUCAGUCUGGCAUCGCGUGACCGCUACGGUCGCAGGUUCGAAUCCUGCCUCGGGCAUGGAUGUGUGUGAUGUCCUUAGGUUAGUUAGGUUUAAUUAGUUCUAAGUUCUAGGCGACUGAUGACCUCAGAAUUUAAGUCGCAUAGUGCUCAGAGCCAUUUGAACCAUUUUGGAUGACUGUAAAUGAGAAAUGCUUUUACGGUUGUUCCCACCAGCCACAAUUCUCAGUGCCAACUUAGUUUGUGCAUACAGUAUGCUCCCCAGCCGUUGGGCUUCUGAUGCAUUGCACAACAUUGUGACUCACCAUGUGCCUGUUCGCUAUAAACGUUACAACUGUAUUCAGAAGCCCUGUACUGUACAUUAACAGUCAAAGUAGUCCCAUACUCAGGGAAAGAGGGUAGAGGAGCAGAUGCAGGAAUCCUACAUCACAGGUCUAGGCAAGCUCCUGGUGCAAGUGGUUUGCCAUUGUCUUCCUCCGACCUGUUCAAAAGUGUCAGGUGUGUACCUGUGUCCUCUGUGAUGAGUCCAUGUACAGUCUAGUGUUGGAUUUGUAUUGCCAUGGAUGAAGGGAAGAGAGAGAGUGAAACCCGCUCCUGUAAGAACUCUACUCCUUUUGAAUAGCACUAAGGGGCACACCAAGCUUAACGUCCCAUCCAACUCAUGGAUGUCCAUCAGCAUUGUCACGUGCCUUCACUUCAUGAUAAACUGAAAAGAGAAGUGAGAUUUGGAAUAGUGACAAUUUUCCACCACCCGGAUUUGAACUAGCAUGCUUCUGAAUUGAGUGCCACUGCAUAUACAUUGGUCAGUGACUUUGCCUAUAGAGCUGGGUUAAUUGAAAAUAUAGUCAGAACAUAUACGGAAAUGGUGGAAUCUUCAACGUCCAGUGACCCAGUGGGCUAAUGCACUGUGACACUAUACCAGAGGUUGCACGCUCGAAUCCUGCCUCAGACAUGGAUGUUUGUGCUCAUAUUUGUGUCUCUCCUUGUGUGUAACGUAAUUUUUAAGCACCAGAAGUGACUGUUGUUGCCAAAACCUAUAUGUAAAAACUCAAGUUAAGAAAUAGGCCUACUAAGUUCAAAAUCUUUCUGCUGCACUGUAUUAUAACUUUCUCGAUUACUGCCAUCAAUAUGUUCAGAAAUUCAGCUUGAAGUUUUCGAGUAAUCAGUCAUUGUUGAAGCAAAUACACGUAUUAUAUUUUGAAUUGGGAACAGCACCCAAAAGCUGGAAGAUGGGCAUCUUGCUUAUGGCUUUCACGGGGCACAUCAUGAAACUUAAAAAUCUGAACAUCCCACAGAAUUUGGGACAUAUGGCAACACUAGUCCUGAGUCAUGCACAAUUAGAAAAAAAUGUCCAAUAUUUAAAGCAACUGUUAAAACAACCUUACUGAGUGCUAUGCAGUCUCAGUUUGUGGUUUCCUGACUGGGAAAGGCUGUGAAUCCAUUACCAUUGUGCUUAAAUUCCAGACUCCUGAACUUUUUUGCAUUCUUUCCAAUUUAAUCUCAAAAUACGUUUUCUUGGCAGCUCUAUGUAACACAAAACUGUCAAAAUGCACCUCAAGAAGCAAACCAGCAAAUACAACUAAUGCACUUUAUCGGAAACACAUCGUUAGCAAGCAAGUACAUUGUUGCCAGCUGAAUGUAACGACAUGCUUACACCCUCAUUUCACAUAAUCGGUUAUGAAACACACACUAGAUGGUGAAACUGAUGUUAUUGUACUCUAGCAAGACAUUUACAAACCACAGUGGAUGGAAUUUUCAAUGCCAGAAACAAAUGAGUAUCUUCAGCACUAUCAAAACUUUAAUAUUAAAAGUUGGUUAAUGAAUCAUCAAAGUAUCACAGAGAAAUGCAGAGAGAGGGACUCAAGAGUGAAGUUUCUGCCACUUUGUUGAUUUCCUUGUGCUGUAAGCAGCAUAAAGGUUGGUAUGACUCCCUUAGGCCCAGCUUUCUGAGCCCCAGACAUCUGAUACAUGGAGCUAACCAGCAUUUCCUGGCGUGCCUUAGAACUAGAUGCUACCUGUUGUUUGAAAACCAGGACUCAACAUCAACAGUUCUAAAUGAGUUGACUGUUAUUAUUUAAAUUUGUGUGGAAAAUACUCUAAAUGCUUCCACACAAUUUAAAUUCUGUAUGUAAUACAUUACUGAAAAACAUGUUUUAAUAUAUCUUUUGAGGUGGCUCUGCCUCAGAGCCUGUGACUAUGAAUCACAAAUGUUCUUGCUCACUACACAAAUAAUUAAUUCCAUUUUGCACCCUAUUAUAUUUUUAAUAGGGUAGUAUUUGCCAAAGGAAGAUUCAUCUUGGUUUUGGAUAUCAAUCAGAAAUUUAAUCAGUUUAUAUUAGUUGUAAUAUAAAUGGGAUAGCUCUCAUUCUUGGAUAAAAUUCAAGGAAUUUUAAACAAAUCCAUACUGUUCAUGCCUCAUUGCUGGAAUUAGCAGCCUCAGAGUUCCCUCUCACAAUUUAUUAUGCACAGAUAGCUCUGUGUGCUUGGAGUGCUAUUCAUAGGCUAAGCUUAUUUAUUCCUUUAGUAACAGUUAUAGUGGCAUGCAAGUAAGAAGGCAGUUGUGUUAUGCAUGCUGCACAGAGAGGGCUGGGUACUCUGGUAACAAAGCCACUGUUUCUGCCUGACUUUCUCUAGAAAUAUUUACAUUCUUGGAAAACUAUCUCUGUCACUUGUUAAAGUAAUAAUUGACAUGUUUGCUUUAUGCCGCCUAUAAUGAAUAAUACAGUGGCUAAGUAGCCUUUCCAUACCUGAACUGCAAUGAAAAUCAACACCCUGAAACACACAGGACAGACAGACAACACAGAAUUAUGCUAUUAGCCAGAGCAUCAAGUGGUACAGUAUUCAUUGCUAUUGCAAAUAGCCCCACCACCCACCUUCUUACAUGCACACCAGGAGUGAACUGCCAAACGCUGUGUCAUUCCACUGCGCAGGUAGUGCCACUAUUCCAAUGUGGUAGCUUUAAUACACUGACAGUUCCAAGUAUGUUAAGCAUUAUUGACUGCCGUCCUGUAAUGUGAUGUAUUACAGGAGACUGAAUUACAGAUAUUUUGCAUUCUGUUUUUUGUGUAAUUGCAGGUAGUAGCCAACAGAAUAAUAGAUCAGUCUAAUUAUAUGGGAUAUAUUUUUCUGUAAGAGAUGCAAGUUAAGAAAUUGUGCCGUACAGUAUUUGUGGUCACCUGAGAAAACACCUGGAGCAAAGGCAUCCAAAAGUAAGUGUAUCAAUUCACAGACAAAGUGCUGCAGUAGUGCGAACAGUUUCAUUGGUUUCAGGGUACUACUUCACAGCCUGUGUAGCUAUUAAAUAAUUAAUAAUUUUCUGAUAUCUAUCACUGGGUUGCAGCUGGCACAUUGCAACCCAUGAUAAAUGUUAAUUAAUUGUGUAGCUCAACACUACUGGAUAGCUCAGUCAGCAGGGUUUGAGUACUGGUCUGAUACACAGUUUCAAUCUACCAAAAAGUUUCAAAAUCGCAUAAACUACUAGCAGAGUAAGGAUUCAUUUUGAUGAUGUGGAAUAAAAGAGCCUAGCUAUGUUAUGUGUUUGAGUCUGCUGAAGAACUAUUUGUGCAGAAAGUCACAAAUUUCAUAGGUUUACCCUUAUUUGUUGUGCUAUUCGUUUACUGUCAGUGGCAGAGUUUUCAACCUAUAAGGAGCUCAUGCCAGAAUCAUGGCCAAAUGACUGUCAUCAUGGAUGGGGAGCACUGAUAUAUGUCCCAGUUUGUGAUAUAAAUGGCUUUGAUACAGGACAGAAAAUUCUGCAAAACAUAAAUGCCAAUUCAUCACAACACUUUUAAACUGAAUACUUUGGAAGGAAUUGCAUUUCAUGGACAGUUGGAGCAGAACUACAUUCAAGAGGUGGUUACUAACACCAGUCCAAAAGUUAUGUGGAAGAACACCAACACUGGAUUGUGUAGGAUUGAAAUCAUGUUGUUCAUUUACACAAAUCGGAUUGCUAUAUGUAUGUGAAUGACUUCCAGUAUCAUAUUUCUCAUCAGUCUCAGAAGUCCUGUAAUGAGAGUGGAGGAGUUUGUGAAAUUUUCUGUGAAUUUCUUAACUAUUUAAUUAUCUAAAAAUGGAUUCUUUAGCCGAGAUAGCUGGUUCUCUGAUAUAGAACACCAACAACCAAUUUCUGAAACUUGUCCACUUUAUUAACUUAAAAAACACUUGUUUCCCAAGAUGACCAUUCUUGUAUGUCAGCUACUGCUAGAACUUUAUGAAGUUCAUACCAAAGCUAUUACUAAAUCUUAUGGAUGUGUUACAUGCCAUUAGGAUGAAAAUGACUAAUUUUUUGUGUCAUGAACAUAUUUUGACUACUUCAGCCUGUAACACAAAACUAUAGGUUUUUUAUAUCAUUUUUUCUGUUAUGACAGUAAAUUCUAGUAGUGUAUGGCAUGGCUGGAAUACAUCAAGAUUGUAGGAAGGCCAGUGUUGUGUUACAUUUUCUCUUCUAGCUCCAGUUUUUUGCUGCCGUCAACACAUUUACUGAGUUUUGUUGAAGCACUUAAAAAAUAAUCUCAGUGGAUAGAUAAUAUUAUUAGCUGCUCACAUGCCUGAGACCUUUUGUUAGCAUCUGUGUCCACAGUGGGGGUUGUUCUGUGUGCAGCCAUACCAGUCAAACACUUUGUGUAACAACCUUUUUCUGAUAUAUGGCAGUAUAUUAACACAGUUUUGUCAUUUCUAUAUAAUAUGGUUCUCUGAAGUGUGUGCAUGUACAGAGGACCAGAAAAUGGAGAUAAUAGAACUCAGAACAAACAAGUAAAUGAAAAAUGUGUGGACUAGUUCCACUUACUUAAGGUAACAAGUAGCAUAAAUCAGGAUUAAUCUGCACUCUAAGCCUUGAAAUACAGAGCCUGUUGUAAACACUGUGUAACACUUGCAUGUAUAUACAAAAGUCAAACUAAAUGAAUACAAAUCCAUUAAGGCAACAGGUGCAGAAUAGUGAGAGUGAAGACAAACAGGUGCAUCAGGGGUGUUGCACUGUUGAAUCAGCUUAUUUGCUUCAUUAGAGCUGUUGUACUGAGGUGUCCAGUGUGUGUGUUUUGGUAAUGAAGUGUCCAGUGUGUGUGUUUUGGUAAUGAAGUGUCCAGUGUGUAUGUUUUGGGAGAGGAGGGGGUAUCUGUUUACAGAGAAAAGGUAUGGCUUCCCAUUCAGUCAUUUGUAACUGACUGUGAUGUGGAAAAUGUAGCCAUGUUUUUAAAAAGUUUGCUUAUGUAGAUUCAUGACAGUAUUGACAAAUAUACAAAGAUGUAUAUAAUUAAUUGUAAUGAAGUUUAAUUUAAUCAACAGAUAAAAUAAAAAUUUGUGCUCUUUGUAU